AGUAUCCUUUCAGCAGGUUAGAAUUAGCAGUAUCUUUAAAUUUUGCAGGCCCUUAUCAAGUUUAUAUUUGACCUUUUUCAGACGUUGGGAAUGUUUUCCAUAAUAUGGGGAGGAGGACAGGGGCCUGAAAUGAUAAGCAGAGAAGAGGCGUGGAAAAUGUAUAUUAAAAAACUUCAGGAUGAAUCAAACUAUUUACUUGCUUCCCCGGACAAAGAAGAGAUUUGCUGCUGUCCAGAUUGUAUCAUGGAAUAUGAACUGCAGUGUAAUGAGGCACUAGGAUGGAGGAAAAGGGCUCCGACUAUAGAAGGAUUUUCACACGAAGUAAACAAACUGUGUGAUCCGUCUGCACCUGACAUAAUUUCCAACAUCAUACAGAAGUAUGAGUUCGCGGACUGUACAAUUCUUGGUGAUACAGAAGCUAUCUAUGUUUGACCAUAACUUCUACAUUAGUAAUAAAAAAGCUCUCUUGUAAAAUAUAAGUAAAAUCCACGUUUGUCAAUAAA